AUGAAAACAAUUGUGUAUUGGUUAUUGAAAACUGAGAUUAUAUUUGUGGAUGCUUCUAUUAUUCUUCGUCAACAAUGGAAGUUAACUGGUGAUUGCAAACUUAUUCCAUUAGGAAGGGGUUUUUUCACGAUUAAACUUGAUAAUGAGAAAUAUAAACAGUAUAUCAAGGAGGGUAAAUGGGAGGUCUUGGAUCAAGUUCUGCAAAUUAGAAAGUGGAUCUCAAACUUCCGUCCUGAAAGUCAAAAAACUUCAAAAGCUAUGGUGUGGGUGAAAUUUCCAGGGCUAGGGCUUGAAUUUUGGAGUGAGAAAAUUCUGUUUAAGAUAUGCAAGGAAAUUGGUAAUCCUAUAAAGCUUGAUGAAGCUACUGCAAAAUGUGAAGUUGGGUAUUAUGCUAAUGUUCUUGUUGAAGUUGAUUUUGCUAGAACUGUUCCAAACAAAAUUUGGAUUGGUACCAAAUAUGGUGGCUUCUUCCAGAGUAUAUCCAUUCCAGUAUGUCCAAAAUUCUGUCCAACUUGUAAGACUGUUGGUCAUCUGAUUACUGAGUGCAGAGUAGAGAAGAAUAAAGCUCAGCAAGCUCAGCAAGCCAGCAAGAAUAAAAGUUCAGCAAGCUAG